CCGGACAGUCUAAAUAUGUACAGUGAAUCGUCUGGUUUACUAUCCUGCCUCAAAUGCCAGCUUUGGUUAAACUUGGAAGUCUUAGCUGGUUUUAUGAAGUCCCCCAUGUCUCAAAUGAAACUGGUUGAAGACAAUGCUGAGCUGCACUGUGAGGUAAUGGGGAACCCCAUCCCCGAGGUUCAGUGGUGGUUUAUUGAGGGGGACGAGCUGGAGGAAACGUUCACACAGCUGUUUGACGGGGCGCGCCAGGAGCAGGUAAAGAUCAACGCCACCUACAUCCUCCAUGCCACCAGCACCAUUUACUUUACAAACCUCUCGCUCAAUGAUUCGGGCACCUACGAGUGCAGAGCCUCCAAUGACCCCAACCGCAACGACCUGAAGAAGAGCCCCAAAAUCAAGUGGAUUCGCUCACAGGCAAACAUUAUCGUAUUUGAGUAUCCUGUUAUUGUAACAAUGCCAAGCGAGGUUGUGAAUAUCACUGAAACGACUGUCCGGCUGUCCUGCAACCUGACAAACCCAACCUCUGCUGUCGCUGGAAGUUACUGGGUGAAAGACGGGAAGAAGAUUGAUAGUUCUGUGGACACCAAGCCAAAUACAGUCAUAGAAUACACGAUAAUGAAGGCAGACCUCCAAACUGGUGGAGUGUAUCACUGUGUGUUUCUCACCUUUCCACAAGUGAAUUCUUCAAUUGAAGUAAAAGUUCUUCCUCAUGUGAAAGCUUAUAAGCACUCUGAGCAAGGCAAUGAAAAUGACAAGGGAGUUCUUACCUGCACAUGCCACAGUUACCCUUUACCCACUGACUGGCAGUGGUUCAAGGUUAUUGGGGAUAAGAAAACGCUCCUUGCUAAUGGAACUGAGAGAUUUGAAGUGAAGAGCACCCCUGAGAAGUCGAUCUUGUCUAUCGGAGAGCUAGAUAUAGAGAAGGAUGCGGGGGACUACGAGUGCUUGGCCACCAACGAAGUCGGCAGCGGCUCUGACAAGAUCCAGCUGCGCGUGCGCAGCCGCCUGGCCGCCCUGUGGCCGUUCCUGGGCAUCGUGGCGGAGGUCAUCAUCCUCGUCACUGUCAUCUUCAUCUACGAGAAGAGGAGAAAGCCCGAUGACAUCGCCGACGAUGAUGACUCAGGAGCCGCCCCUUUAAAGAGCAAUGCAGCAACUAACCAUAAGGACCAAAAUGUCAGACAGAGAAACUGCAACUGAAAACUGGGUUAAGAUGCCCUCAAGACUACUAUUGCAGAGAUCUUUCAUCGAGCAGUUACUUUCCAAUGCAUCCUGCGAUUUACUUUUUUGCCCCCCACUCCUUGCGCUACCUUGCACUGACAGGGAACAUAGGGUUAAUUUAACAAGGCUUGUCUGUCUGAAUACUGCAUGAUUUUUAUAGGCUCUGAUGGUGAAACUUUUUAAUGUGUGAAAUGUGUAGUGGGGUGUUGUGUGUGGUUUCUUUUUUUUUUUUUAAGACCAGGCAAUGCCUGAAAUAAGGGUGGCUGUUUAACGUCUGGUAAUAUGAUUUGACUCGCUGUUAAACUGGAUAAAUAUUCAUACAAAAAUGGACAGGAUUUUCCAAGUUGUAAUUGUUGUUUUGUAUGUCCAAAUGGUAAUACAGCUUCUGCUGCAAAUUGUGCUUGCUUUUCCUACAACCUUUAAUAUUUUCCAGUGCAAAGUUAAACAGGAUGCAUUGCAUAACCUUGAUGUACAUGCCUAUAUUUUGUAAGAUGUUACGCUUUUUAUUGGCAUAGUGUGUGUAUAAAUGGGUCACUAUUGCAGUGGAUAAAUGUCCUAUUUCUACUAGUCCCUGCAACAAGUGGGCCAUAUAUAGAGGUAGCUCCUGGCUUACCCCUUUCUGUCCUUUUACAGUCAGAUUAGACAUUUCGGGUGAGUUGCUAUUGCCAGAAUGCCUUCUACACUUUUUUCUUUAAUAGUCUCUAUAUGCCAUGUAGGAUUGUAAGUUCCUAGGUGUAUGAUUUGAUUUACGUUGAAUGCAUGUUUUAAAUGGUAUGCAUAAACCAUUAUAAAUUUGUUGCCUCUAACAACUUGCACAAUUUAAUAAAAUUUGUUGAUUUUAA